AUUUGUUAUCAAGUCAAUAGGCAUCUAUAGUUUUAUUAAUUAUUCACGCGGUACGGAGGGCGAUUAUUAAGUAACUGGUGAAAUCAAGACAUAUUGUAUACGACAAUUAUAACGUUUGUUCGAAACAUAUUAAAUUCACCAAGUCAAUAAUCAAGAAUGUCAGGUGGAUGUUGUGGGUCAACAAGUGCCAAAGUGGCUUCGAUUAUCCUGAUCAUUACUGGAAUAAUAACAUUCAUUGCAGGAAUAGUUUGGACGGCACUACUGCCUAUAUACUUUAUUGGUAUACCGCUAAUUAUCGGAGGAGCGAUGUUCAUAGCAGAGGGUGUGCUCGGUCUCAUGUUUGUCUACAAUGCCAAAAAUAGAUGUUGGAUGGUGACUGUCAAUGUCGUUUCAAUUAUUGUUAUGGUGGUCUCGGCUGUAGGGAUAGGUGGAUGCACAUUUUUGGCUGUACCGACCAUCGCCUUAAGAGUGGAUUGCAAUGAUUGUGAUCCAACCGACUCCUCCUGCAACGACGAAUGUGGCAUUGCCUUUAGUUUUAUAAUCAUCACCUAUACAUUUAUGAUUCUAGUCUCACUCGUUUCUUUUGCGACGUCAAUCGUGUUGAUUGUUUCAUCCUGUACCUGCCGCAAAUCAAACAUGGGUUCUGCUCCAAUCUAAUGUUAUCAUUGAGGAACCAAAAAUGAUACGAUGCAUUCAACGUGGAGUUACAUAAUAGAACUUUCCUGAGUGUCGGUGCCAUCAGAACAGUGCCAGGCACUCACUGCGCCCGACGGUCGUCGGCCGACGCGAAUCUACAAAGAACGCAACUCGACGACGCGCGCACAACGGGAUCUUUUUUUUAAUGACGAUCAGUUUAGACUGCCACUCGACAAUCAGCAGACGUCGUCGCGUCUUCUAGCGCGCACAGGGAGCAAAGUUGGAUUCGUCCUGCGACGGUCGUACGAACGUCGUACUACGCAGUGAGUGUCCGUCUUUAGCGGAAAACGUUCAUUGUACCUAUUUUGUAUUAAUUUUUAUUCAAUUCAUACUUUACGAUAAUUGAUCAUUUACAUUCGUCAAUCGACCAAGUUUCUUUAUAAUAAAUAUAAAACAUACAGAGUAUAUUAAAUUGUAUGUUAUUUACAUUGACUUCAUUUUAUCGUGCAUGGCCUGUGAAUUUUUCAAUUUUAAAAACUUUGUAAAAUAUUUAAUAUAAAUUUUAUCACCCACCAAUGAGAUACCAUAAUUGAAAACAAUCAAACGUAAGAGCUAGGCCUAAUGAGCGGAGUUAACUAACUUAGUGGUUAAGAUGCUUUCUUUCCAUCACAGAAUCAUGUCUGGUCGGAAUGUUUUGGUUUUCAAGAUGCUUGGUAAUGCACUUUCCUGUCUUCUGGGACGUCAAUGUGGGAUAAUUUAAGAGUGGACCCACUUCAAGAGUGCAUCAAGUCCAAUAUUUAGAUCCUAUCUAAUUUUAACGCUUGCUUUUGACUGUUGUGUACCCUUUUUUAAAAGUACUAAUUAUGGCAGCAGUCCCAUGGGAGUGGAAGAGGAAGGGGGUAGGCCUGCCACACAGGGCCCCAACGGACGCAACUCAUUAGAAAUUUUGUUGCCAUAAUUGUGUGCUAAAACCUAUCAGAACAGCGUAAAAUAGCGUGAUUGGUCGAACUCUGGCUGGAUAAAUGGAUCAUCCUAAAAAAAAAUAUAAAUAUAUUUGAAAACUUAAUUUAUACCAAAUACAUGUGACCCGAACCGUGGUGUUAAUGGCAUGAAUGGUGUUAAACACCUUGCUCGUUGGCGUUCUGAUGUAUAUUUUAGAGGUGCACAAGUGUUUGUCUAUACACAAUCACAGGCACUCACAGUAUUCUCUCACACUUUUCUUGUUGUUGCAACACAAUGGCUAAAGUACAAUCCCGUUCCUGGUUAUUCAUGUUUCUAAAAUUUAAAUGUAAUUCGUAAUAAGAUACUAAAUACAAUAGUUUCAUAAUGGUUUAAAAUGUUCUGUAUAAUGAAUAAACUGCUAUAAAAAA